AGACUGUCAUCAUCACGUGGAGUCUAGGAUAUAUAACCUUAAUUUUCAUAUUUAUUUAAUAACAUAUCAAUUGAUUCAUUUGGUUGUUGAUAAUUUAGAACUUAAUUGAAAAAAAAAACUAUGGGUAGAAAGAAAGGAAAGGGGCGUUCAGUAAAGCGAAAUAAAAAUGUGCAUUCGGAGCCCGAAGAGCUAGUAAAUGCGCCCCACUCGUUUGUUAUCCAUAAGGGUUUGCCUGGAGGCCACACUUUGGAACUUACCAAAGACUUUCGGCGAGUUACGGAGCCUUUUACAGCCUCCUCACUUAAGGAAAGGAAGAGAAACACGAUAAAGGACUUUGUGUCAAUUGCUGGACCUUUACAUGUAACCCAUUUGUCAAUAUUUUCCAGGACUGAGCUGGGCAUGUACCUUAAAAUUAUGAGACUCCCCAGAGGCCCUACACUUACAUUUAAAAUUCAUAAUUUCUCUUUAGCCAGAGAUGUUGUGUCCUCUUUAAAAAAACAAAUUGUAGUAGAAGAGGCUUUCAAACACUCACCCCUUAUUGUUCUAAAUAGUUUUAGUGGGGAAGGGCUUCAAAUGAAGUUGAUGGCUUCUAUGUUUCAAAAUAUGUUCCCUACAAUUAAUUUGACCAACGUGGAUUUGAACACUGUUAGAAGAUGUGUUUUAAUGAAUUAUAAUCCAACUACAAAACUGAUAGACUUUAGGCACUAUAAUAUUAAAGUUGCUCCAGUGGGAGUAUCUAAGGGGGUUAAAAAGGUUGUUCAGGGAAAGGUUCCUAAUUUGGCAAGGUGCACGGACAUAACAGAAUUCUUUACAAAGUCUGGUAUGAUGUCAGAAAGUGAAGCAGAAGAUGAUCCAUCCAAUCAUGUGACAGUAGCUCAAAAAUUAGUUAGCAGAGGAAAUGUGGAGAGUGGAAAAUCAGCCAUAAGACUAACAGAACUUGGCCCCAGGCUUACAUUACAAUUGUUAAAAAUUGAAGAUGGUUUGUUAGAUGGUGAAGUCCUUUACCAUGAUUUAGUUCAUAAAAGUGAAGAGGAAAAGUUAGAGAUACAAAAGAAGAGGGAGCUUAAAAGAAAAUUAAAAGAAAAGAGAAAGAAGGUUCAAGAAGACAAUAAGAAAGCCAAGGAGAUGAUGAAAGAAGAGCAUAAAGAAAAAUCUUUGAAAGGUAUGCAGAAAGAGACAGAGAGUGAUAUUCAAAUGAAAAAGCUUGCUAUAGAAUCCAAUAUGGAAUCAAAAAUAGUGGAUGAUGAUGACAAAGAAUAUUAUAAACAGGAAGUGGGAGAAGAACCGGAUCAAGAUCUGUUUUCAUCCAGACCAGCGGGAACCAAAAGAGCUGCCUCAUCUUUUCACUUUAAAAGCAAGAAGCCUCGCCUAGAUACGAAAGACCGCUUUAAUUCUAAGGACCGGGUUAAAAAGGGCGGUUUUAAAAAGGGAUCUAAAAAUCAAGACGAUAAAUUUAUGAAACAUGGAAAGGGCCAAAAACGGAAAGGUGAUAAAACCAAUUCGAAAAAUCGAGAUUUUCGGCCAAUAGGAGGAAAAAUUGCCAAUAAGAAAUUCGAUAAAAGAAAACAAAUGUCUAAGAAAAGCCAUAAGAGGAGAUGAAAAGAAAAAAGUUGUAUUUAAAACGAAUAAUAAGCUUGUUUUAUAAUAAAUUUUAACUAUUUACGAAUAA